AUGGAGGUCGAAACGACCCCCGCUAACAACGCGAACGCCAACGGCUUCACCGUCGUCAAAUCGCGCAAAAAGGGCAAGAAACGCCCCGCUACGGACAGCGACCACGAAAGCGAGGCCGCCGCGUCAAACCGUCCCACCGCGACGCCCGCCAAAAAGGCAGCCGCGACGGCCCAGUCGGAACCGACAUUCGUCUCCGAGCGAAAAAUCAAGCCACCGCCGCCAAUUAUAAUCCAAGAAAAGGCAAAGUGGCAUCAGAUAUGUUCAUGGUUCGAACGCCAUAACAUACGAGACCCCCGGUCCAAGAAUACGCAUAUGGGUAUCCGCGUAUACCUCGAUUCUUCGGACGAUUUCCGCCGCGUAACGAAAUACUUGCGCGAAGCUAAGGGAUACCCCGUGCGUCGUCUCAGGCACCCUCGCACCCGUGUCCCUAUGGACAUGGUCAUGGUGGAACUUGACCCUACCCCGGAAGGUAAGGCCAUUUUCAACCUUAAGAGGGUCUGUGGGCUCAGUGACUUAGUCAUCGAGCCCCCACGCAAAUCAGGUGUUGUGGCACAGUGCCACAACUGUCAACAUUUUGGCCACACGGCCAAUAACUGCUUCGCUCACCCAAGGUGCGUCAAAUGCACCGGUGACCACGGCACAACCGAGUGCACGAGGCCGAAAGAUUGCGCAGAUCCACCGGACUGCGUAAACUGUCACACUACCGGCCAUCCGGCUAGUUAUAGAGGCUGCGCUAAGGCCCCGAAAACUCCCGCGAGAAAAUCUCCCGCGAAGUCUACGUUGCCCAAACCCGCGCCCGUUAAAUACAUUCCCGCGCCCGUACCCGUCACAAACGCCUGGGUGAAACCCCAGGUGGCCGCGCAGGUAACCGCGCCGGUCGCCUCACGACCGAUCGCACAACAGCUGCCCGCCUCUCAAACAGCGCCGCGGCCGCAGGUGCAGCCAACUCCGUCAGUUUUCGCGGAAAACAAGGACGACCCAUUCGCGCAAAUCGCUAAUAUUUGCAGCUUACUUGAUAGAAUCAAUAGGCAGGAACUCGCCGUAUUGUCCGCUAAAAUAGCGGCCGCCACAUCUGGCCACGAGCGUCUUAGGGCAAUUAGCCAACACAAAACGCCUUUCCAUAACAAUAGUCCGCGCAAUAAAACCGCGCUCCGCCGCGUCGUUAAA